AUGUGGCUGCGGUGCUGCAAAGCAAGACCGACGGACGACACCGUGGAGGUGACCGACGUUGCCGGGGAGCCGCCCUGGGAGCGGCUCCCGCCGGGCAGCGGCGCCGGGCGACCGGCGCCGCCGCCUGGAGCGGCGCCGCCGCCUGCUGGCAUGCAGCAGGGCCGCUGCCGAGCGCUGACGGGCGACCCCGUAGAGGUGGCCGGCGCCGAUGCCCGGCACUCCCUCAAGUCGGCGCGCUCGGGCGAGCCGCAGGUCUCCCCGCCUGGCGCUCGGGAGGGCCCCGGGAAGCUGCCGCUCCAGGGUGCCGUCGAGGACCCCUGCGGGCUGCCGGGCGAGAUCGUUGACGACGCCACGGCCUGCGGGACCGAGGGCGUCGCGUCCUCGAGUCCGUCCUCGCCGUCCCACGUCAGGCUCGACGUCGUGGGCACCGUCGGCGGCGCGCUCGGGGCGGCCGAUCGCCCCGACUUCACGGGCUCCUGGCAGUGCAUCCGGGUGGAGGGCGACAUGCACAGGUUUCUCCAGCACAUGGGCCUGUCGCCGAUCAUGUGCGAGGCCGCGAAGAACGCCCACUACGGGGCAGGCCACCAGCUGCAGACGAUCAGUCAGGAGGGCGAUUUCCUCUCCGUUGUCGAUCAGCUGAAGGUCACUGUCACAAUGAAGUGUCAGGUUGGUCUGGGUCCUCAGAGGUCCUUCGACCUGGAGGGCAGGUCCGUCACCGUCACGCCGACGUGGGACGGCCAGACCCUGUGCGUCGAGACCACGACUGGGAGCGGAGAGCCUUUUGCGACCAGCCGGCGGUUCUACGAGGGAGACGAGAUGGUGCUGGAGCUCACGUCGCCGGCUGGAGCCACCACGAGGCGCAUCUUCUGCAGGAAGGGCUCGACCAGACACCUGAAGUCGAUUCGGUCGACUUGCUCGACACGGCUGACAUGGGCGACUGAAGUUCCAUGA